ACUACCUGCGGCUCUGCUUCUGCUGCUGCAGUUCCUGCAGGAGUUUUAUUCCUUUUCUCUCCUCUUUUCCUUUCUCUUCUUCUCCUUUUUUGAGUACAUAUGCUCUCUAGAGAGGAGCAGCUGCUGCUGUCCGUCAGUGAGUCCUACUGUCCAGUGAGGCGGCUGCGCGGUUAAAGCUUUAAAGACACUCGGUCAGUCAGUCGGGCUGCUGGAGCUGCUGGACAGGGUCAGUACAACACUGUCCACUCCGCUGCUGUGUGUCCCUGUGGGCAGCAGGGCUGGAGUGUGUGUGAGAUGUCCUGCUCACCUGCAUUACCUUUAUUUCCAUGAUGGACGCCUCCUCGUUCUGAGCACAAAUGGAUCCUCAGCGCAGGAGGAGACUCACUUUCUUCACCAUCGGGCUCGUUUUCUUAAUGAGUGGCAUCGAAUACGCGGUGAUUCUGCCCACUAUAUGGCGCUACCUGCAGAAUCUGGGAGCUCCGUCGUAUUUCCUGGGCCUCAGUCUGUCCGCCUUCAGCUUCAGCGGCCUGCUCUGUGGACCGCUGUUCGGCCUCAUCUCCGACAGGACGCGCACCACCAAAAAGAUCAUACUGUUCGCUAACUGCUUCGAAAUAGUCGGUAAUUUCAUGUAUUUUAUAGGAUACUCUAAAUGGCUUUUGCUGAGCAGUCGUUUGGUUGCAGGGAUUGGGACCGGCGCUGGCUCAUCUAUCUUCGGUUUCCUGACCAGAAACACGGCCCCUGAGGAUCGCUCCACCAUAUUCGCUAUUGUCAUGGCCUGCCGCCAAGCUGGCCUGUUGAUCGGUCCUGCCUUUAACAUCUUCCUCAGGCUCUGUGACUUCCAGCUCGGACCGUUCGUGGUCAACAAGUACACAGCACCCGGGAUUUUUAUGUGCUUGCUCUGGCUGCUCCUGCAACUGGUGGUCCUGCUGAUGUUCUGGGACGUCCCGUUGCAGACCAGCAGGGGGCCGGCAAAGGAGGAGGAGGAGGAAGAAGAGGAAGAUGAUGAAGGCCGUCCAUUGGUCCAGCCCCAUGACCUCACUGGCUCGUAUGGCACGCUCUCCACCCCCCCACCCAGAGUGCAGCCCGUCGCUAACGGCAACCUGCCCCAAAACUCGCCGCCCCCCUCACCCCCACCGGAACAGAGCCAGUCCAGCCCGUUCAGACACUUCAGCGUACGCCGCGAGUUCCUCAGAGAGGAGGUGGUGGUGCUGCUUACAGCGCAGUUCAUUACACUGUUCAACCAGACGGCACUAGAGACGAUGGUGACUCCGCUGACUCAGAAGUACUUUAACUUUGGAGAGCUGGAGAACAGUAUAAUGUACUGUGUCUGUGGAGUGGAGGUGAUCGCGGGCUUCGUGUUUGUGCGCUGGCUGAGCCGCAGAGUGGCCGAGAGGGUGGUGCUGGCCGUCGGUUUGAUCCUCUGCAACAUCUCCUGCGUGUGGUGCCUCAUCUUCCUCGCAAACCCUCAGGGUGGAUUCCCGUGGCAAUUAGGAGAGUUCAUCAUCGGGGUGUUCCUCCAGGUUUUGGGUUUGCCGUUUGUAGCCGUGGCCCAAGUGUCCCUCUUCUCCAAAAUCACAGCAGAGAAGACCCAGGGUUUCAGUCACGGCGUUCGACGGUCUGUCGGCGGCUUGGCCACCAUCCUGGGUCCACUCUGGGCAGGAGGUUUGACUUCUAGCCUCUACGUCAUGCUCGGGGUGAUGAUGGCUCUGCUGGCACUGCUGACUAUUAUGAUGGCCUUCUCCUACGAGCGGCUGGUGGAGCGCCCCACGGUGGAACACGCAGACGACUCAGAGGAAUGAGACGCAUUCACACAGACUGGGCUGUCGUCCGUGAGCUGCCGAUGAAGAACGCGGCGGUAAAAAAGCACCUCACACACUUUGAGAAGCUAACGUUUUGUGAAAUUAAUGCACAUUUCUGCUUUAUUUCCUGUGGAAAUUUUAGUAGACGCGUUUUUUGCUGAAUGAAGCUCACAGCGCGCUGGACCGUCCACUCUGCAACACGACACACCCGUUCAGUUAUUAACUUGAUCUAAACGCACUGAAUCUGGAGUGGAAGCUGUAACGUCCUGAGCUGAGCUGGUAUUUGAUGGUGGAGAUAUUUAUUUAAAGGUCUGGUUUGAUUUGUAGCUUUAUUUUUUGGUGUAUUUUGUUUUACAGUAGUUUUAUUCACUGUGCAGAAUGUAACGGGAAGAUCUGUUGUUAUUUAAAACGUGAUAAUACUAACCAUAACUACUAAUACCACUAUUUCAAUAUAUGUGCAGAGAUAACACGUUUCACCAAAGAUAUAACUGUGUAGUUUCAUCAAUAACAGUAAACAGUCUAGUCAGUAGCUUCAGUUCUGCUGACGGACUCUAGAGGGCGCUGCUGUACCGCAUGUAAAAUUAUGGGCUUACUGUAGAGUCAGGUAUAAACAAUUAUUAUUUAUAAAAUUAUCUAAGCGUUUAAAUAAUAACACCUCACUGUUGUUGUUGUUGUUAUUAU